AUGGACGUGCUUCGCAAAUACCUGGACCAGGUUAAAGUGCCGUGCGCUAGCGAUAACGUCUUCAAGGAGGAAUGCGUAUACUCGUUUGACAAUCCGGAAUACAACACCGGCUUGUAUGUGAGUUUGACCAGCUUUCUUGGGUUCGGUGUGAAUCAUGUUCGGGACUAUGCGGACCGGACAGGGAACCGAGUUUUUCUCCAUCUACGGCGUGAAAGAAUCGAAGACACUGAACCGGCUGGCGAGGUACCCGGUACGGAUGGGCCGGAGAAAAAGAUCACCCGGCUGGCGAUUGGUGUAGAGGGCGGAUACACCGGUGCAGAGACCAAGAAGUACGAAUAUCGAGAACACUUCCAGGUGGUUGUGUUCGAUGAUACGGUCGCACAGUUGGACUACCCGAACGAGGACUUACCGCUGCAGGUGCAGAAUGCGGUGGACGCGGUUCUGAAAGCGGAAGCGGCAUCGGUGAAGCGCGAACGCGAACAGCUUGCCGGUACGUGGGAUGGUGAAAUCCGCCAGGUAUCGACCCAUGCCGCCGAUCUGUUACAGCUGGAAAAUGGCAAGAAGAUUCCACCGACCGGAUGGAAGUGUGAGAAAUGCGAUCUCACCAACAACCUAUGGCUCAACCUGACGGACGGUUCGAUCAUGUGCGGCCGCAAGUUCUUCGAUGGUUCGGGCGGAAACGAUCACGCCGUCAAUCACUACAAGGAAACAAACUACCCGUUGGCGGUUAAGCUUGGUACAAUAACGACCGAUGGCAAGGGCGACGUUUACAGCUACAGCGAGGACGAUAUGGUGGAGGAUCCGAACCUGGUGAAGCAUUUAGCUCACUGGGGCAUAAAUGUGGGCCAGAUGGAGAAGACGGAGAAAUCCAUGAUUGAGCUGGAACUGGAUCUCAACCAGCGGAUCGGUGAAUGGGGCAUCCUGUGCGAGAGUGGAAGCCAGCUUAUACCGAUCGCCGGCCCAGGGUACACUGGUAUGAAGAAUCUGGGCAACACGUGCUAUCUGAACAGUGUGAUGCAGGUCCUAUUUACCAUUCCGGACUUUGUCCGCCGGUUUGUCGAUGGUUCGAAAGCGAUUUACGAUACCUUUCCGGCGGAUCCGGCCAACGAUUUCAACGUGCAGAUGGCAAAGUUAGGCACCGGAUUGUGCAGUGGAGAUUACAGUGGAUUAUCGGAUAAUAGUCUGGAUAGUGCGGAUUCGUUGUGUGGAAUUGCACCAACCAUGUUUAAAGCCCUCAUCGGUCAGGGUCAUCCAGACUUCUCCACAAAGCAGCAGCAGGACGCACAGGAAUUCUUCUUACAUAUGGUUAGCAUGCUGCAGAAGCACAGCCGUCACCAGGAAAAUCCGGCCGAAGCGUUGCGCUUCUGCAUUGAGGAUCGGGUCGAAUGUUGCUCGAGCGGUAAGGUUAUGUACAACCGGCGGGAUGAAUGGUGCCUGCCGCUACAAAUUCCGCUUCAAAAAGCAACCAACCUCGACGAGGUUAAGCUGUAUGAGGCAGAACGGGCCGCGGCCGAACGCGAAGGCCGUCGGCUCGAUCCGGACGCGCUGGUGCGGCCGAAAAUAACGCUUGCUGCCUGUCUGGAUACGUUCGCACAGCCAGAGCUGGUGGAACAAUUCUACAGCACCGCUAUCAGCGCGAAGACAACGGCCAAAAAGACGACCAAGCUCGCCUCCAUGCCCGAUUACCUUAUGCUGCAUUUGAAGAAGUUUACACUGAAGGAAGACUGGACCUCGCUGAAGCUGGACGUCGCGAUCGACAUCCCGGAGGUGCUUGAUCUAGAAAUGCUGCGCGGUACCGGGAAGCAACCGAACGAGGAAGAGCUACCGGACAUUGCGGGCCGUGAACCGACACCGCCCCCGAUGGAUCCGGAAGUGAUGGAUCAGCUGCUCGGUAUGGGCUUCCCACCGGAGGCUUGCAAACGUGCCAUCUUCUUCACGAAGAACACCGGCAUCGAACCUGCCACGCAGUGGAUGGUGGAACACAUUGCCGAUUCGGACUUUGCCAGCCCGUUCGUACCGCCCGGUACGGGCGGUAAGAGUGGUACGGCUGGUGGGGCAGGCAGUGCCGCCUUCGUACCCGAUCCGGUUGGGCUCGAGAUGCUGAUGGGCAUGGGAUUCACAGACCGGCAAGCGACGAAAGCGCUGAAGGAAACGGGCAACAACACGGAACGGGCCGUCGAUUGGAUCUUCUCGCAUACGGACGAACUGGACAGCAUGGCGAUAGAUGAUGCGACUUCCGAUAGUGUUGCCACGGCGGCAGCCGCUGCAGGAUGCGAUAGUGGAGCUACUGGAAGCAAGCAGGGAACAUCAUACCGUGACGGAACUGGCAAAUAUAAACUCGUUGCAUUCAUUUCCCACAUGGGCCCCUCGGCCCAGGUCGGCCAUUACGUUUGCCACAUCCUGAAGGACGACGAGUGGGUCAUCUUUAACGAUAAUAAGGUGGCGAUCUCGCAGAAUCCACCCAAAGAGCUCGGCUACCUGUAUCUCUACCAGCGGGUGUAA